GUUUUGUCAGAUACGGAUACAGUAAGGAUUGAUGGACAAUAUUAUAAGCCAAUGGACAUCCAUAAAGAUCCAUUUCAUACGCUCUACGUUGUCGUAGUUGAUCAUCUGAACCCAAAAAUACACUACGUAGAAGCAAUUGGAAAAUAUACGGCACAUAUCACGUAUGUGGAGGAAUUUAUUUAUAUUUAUACCUUAUCCCGCAACGGUAAGCUUGUUAUUUUCAAAAGGAGCCGUGUGAUUGGAAAUUAG